AUGCCAGCCCUCGCCGCGCUGCUGGUCGCUUCAGCAGCCUGGCGAGUCACGCCAUCGCCGCCGCUGUCGCCACAGUCGCCGCAUCGCCGGCUGCCUCAGCCUCUCUCGACGCUGGCGACGGCACCCACCAUUGUGCGCGAUGUGACGCCUCUCCGGCGACGGCACCUCGCCGAGCUUGCUCGCGGCGACCUCUCCGCCGCUCGCUUCCUGCGCGACGCCGCCGAUUCGACCAGCGAGGUCUAUGGCCUCGUCAACGAGAAGGUGGCAGUGAGCGGCCUCGUCGCGAGCUUCUUCUGGCUGAGCGGCGCACGCGCGCCUCCCCGCGUCUCGUCGGCGGCGCUGCGCACACUGCUGCCAAUCGGGCGCCACCCGCUCGCGCUGGCUGUGCUCUUCCACGCCGUCGGCCAUCUCGCCGGCGUGUUCGCCACCGCGGUCGUCAAGUCGGCGGGGCCAGUGUGGGCGUGCUUGCUCUCCGGCCUGCUCCUCCGGCAAGGCUCGUCGCGCCGCGUGUGGCUCUCGCUGCUCCCGAUCGUGGGAGGCGUCGCCCUCGCGUCGGCGCAGGAGCUGAGCUUCGUGUGGGCCGCCUUCCUCGCCUCGGCCGCGUCGGACGUCGCGCUGGCGCCGCGCGACACUUUGCCGAGGAGGCGCCCGCCCGGCAUGUCCGCGACGCGGCCCUCCUCCGCCCGACAGGCGCUGCGCAACGUCCUCUCCAAAAAGUCGAUGGACGGGCCUCAGGCGGAGAACAUGAGCCCGCCAAACACCUUCUACCUCUUCACGCUCCUCUCGGUGCUCUGGAGCCUGCCCCUCACCCUCGGCCUCGAGGCGCGCGGCGCGGCGCGUGUCUGCUCUAGGCUGCUCUUCACAGCCUACACCGAGGUGCAGUUCCAGGCCCUCGACUCGGUCAGCCCGGUCACGCACGCGGUUGGCAACACGAUGCGGCGGGUGGUCAUCAUGCUCGUCUGCAUCGCCGUCUUCCGCACGCCCGUCUCCCUCCUGGGCGGCGUCGGCUCAGCGAUCGCCAUCGCGGGCUCGUAUGCCUACGCGGCGGCCAAGACAGCCGAGAAGCUGCAGGCCGGGGCGGCGGCCGCAGCCGAGAGGGCGGCGGGGGAGGGCGAGGGGGCAGGCGAGGCGGCCGGGGCAGCCCCCGGUCGCGGUGUGGGAGGGGGGCGGGUGGACCAUCCGCUGCUGCCGCUGCUGAGGGCGCUCGGCCGGACGGGCCUCUGCGGCUGA